AAUUUACACUAUUACAACUUUAUUUUUCUAAACAACAAUGUUAUCCACAAUUAUCUCUUCGUUUCGAAGUUCUGAUAUUUUUUCUUUGUCGUUAACUUUCAUAGUUAUCUAUAUAGUUCAAUAUUAUUACAAAUAUUUUACUCGUCCAAAUCCUUUACCUGGUCCAUUCCCACUUCCAUUACUUGGUAAUGGUCAUCAAAUAGUUGGAACUGACUUUAAUAAGUGGUUAAUGUCCAUGUAUAAAAAAUAUGGUGAUAUGUACGAAAUAAAUGUGGCUGGAUCACGUACAAUCAUGUUAAAUAAUGAAGAUUUAAUUGGAAGCAUGAAUGUACCUUCAACAAAAACCAAAUAUCCUAUUAGAUUUCAACCUACAGAAGGUUUUAAAGAAUAUGGAUUAGGUGGAGUAGGAGUUGCUAAUAAUAAUGAAUUUAAAUCCUGGAAAUUUAAUCGUCAAUUUUUCUCUCAAGCUAUGAUGACUCCAAGUUUUAAUCAUCAAGCUAUUGAAUGGACGAUCGAAUUAUGGGAACA